CUGCAGAGAAGUUUCUCUUUCACGAUUCACCACUCAACCUUGCGCGCGCAAACCACAAUUCCUCGGGCCUGCUUUCCUUCCUGGCACAAAACCCACUGCCCUCAUCUUACGAACCUUACGAUUGAACGCUUAUAUACAUUCCUUCCAAACCACCUCGACAGGCCCGCUCACGCCUCCAGAUACACACCCUCACCCUCACCCUCACCCUUCACCCUCACCCCUUAGCCCCUUCGCCAUGGCUGCAGAUGCCCCUCGGCAAUGCGUCCCUUUGACCUGCCACGGCCACUCGCGCCCCGUCCCUCAUAUCGCCUUUUCCGGCCUGCAGAAGGAUGGAGGUUACUACCUGAUCUCCGCUUGUAAAGACAACAACCCCAUGCUUCGCGACGGCCAGACUGGAGAUUGGAUCGGUACCUUUAUUGGACACAAGGGCGCAGUCUGGCAAGCAAGAUUGAGCCACGACGCAUCCUCCGCCGCGACUGCCUCGGCCGAUUUCACUGCCAAGGUCUGGGAUCCUCAUACUGGUGAAUGCCAAUACACCAUCGCCCACAACCACAUUGUCCGAGCCGUGGCAUACCCACCCGACAGCUCCGACCUCAUUGCUACCGGUGGCUAUGAAAAGAAGCUGCGCAUCUUCGACUUGUCUGAGGCAUCCGUCUCUGCCCCUCCAACAAACCCCGAAAACGGCGAUGGCAAGGCCGCCGACGGUGUCGCAAUCAAGGCCGAGUCUGGCUUUGAGAUCGGCGCCGGAACCCAUCAGGCCUCCAUCAAGUUCAUCGUCUGGACAAGGGACUCGAAUAUUCUCGUUACUGCUGCUGGCAACACUCUGCGCUGGUUCGACCUCCCCUCCCGCAGCGUGAUCAAGGAGGAGAUUCUAGACGGCGAGAUUGGCUCCUGCGAGUUCAAUUCUCCUGCUCCAGAGCUGCUCGAGAACUCGGACAUCGGUGCUGGCUUGCCUGUUCUUGCUGUUGCUGCUGGCAAGACCGUCUACUUCUGGGGCGGCCCCCAGGCCAUGGACGAGCUCAAGCGCGCCAAGCUGGGUUACAAGGUUGCCAGCGCUGCUGUUGAUACCAAGGGCAGAAGAUUCAUCGUUGGUGAGGAUACUCCAUCUACCUGGGCUCGAGUCCAUCGGUGGGACGACGACAGCGAAUACGACAUCCACAAGGGCCACCACGGCCCCGUAUGGUCAUUGGCUUACGCACCCGACAACAAGCUCUACGCCACUGCCUCCGAAGAUGGUACUAUCAAACUGUGGAAAAACUGCGAUGGACCAUAUGGUCUUUGGCGACUCGGCGACGCGCAGCCCGCUGCCUAGGAUGGCGGCGUGCCUCUUCAACGAAGUUCGUCCAGAGACGUCAAGUCUUAUAGUAACGAGAACGAAUGUCCCUUGCAGAUAGGGGUACCGGGGCCAACCAUUUUUGACCCUCAAGACGAUUAUGUCCUCGUCGACAAGAAGGUGCCCAAGCCUAAGCGCUGCAUAUCAUUGCGCGAUACAGAGGGGCAG